AUGAAGGUUAGCUCAGUCGAGAUCCUGUAUGCCACUGGUGUGAGGUUGGAGAAGGAAUGGACAACGUCCAAGGAGACCAGGCGAAACCAACGAUCCGAGGAUGAGGACAGUUUUAAGAUGCGCAAGCUCUUGAAAAAGAGUCUUCAUACCCUCCUCAGCAACCUCCAUGACGGUUAUGGCCUGCCGUCUUGGAUGAAGGAUCGACCACUCUACACCUUUAAUUUGCGGUUGCAAUAUGACUGGGGUCCUCAAGUGACAGAUUUGCACGAGGCAGCUAAAACCAAAUCUAACUUAGAUCACACCCAUAUCGACGAGAUUGCCCUGCUUUCUGGCAUAGUACACAUCAACAAGAGCCAUAGUGGGUUCUCUGCGAAGGAUAUUACAAGGAUUCUCAGUGAGAUCCUUCAUGCUUUUUACAGUCAGGGCAUGGAAGAUGACGAUAUGCAACGAGCACAGGAUGCAACUGUUCUUUGGACCAGUUGGGUACAGAUUUGGAAGUCGCUCCUCUUGAAGGAGAAGUUGGCAGCCUGGAAGAACACUCGAGAUCCAGGCGAUGUCGAUGUGGAGCCAGUGGCUAUCCUGACCUCAGAGUCGGACUGUAUGAUGGCAGUCGUUGGUCUGAUCCUGCAAGAGAUUAUGGAAAUUCAACAUAUCAUCAAUUCCAAUGCUUGCACAUCUGCAGGAAAGCCCAGGAAGACCAAACUCCCACAGGGGAGCCAGUCUCGUCAGCCAGAUAUCGUAGGUCAAACACGGGACAAGAAGGAGGUAUUUUAUGGCGAGCUCAAGGGACCUCAUCCAUCACCCGCUGCGGUAAGCACGGAUCUUCUUGAAAUCUUCUCCAAGGAUGCUCUGGACCAGCUACAUCACACUUUGGAGCAAGGCCCACCACUGGUGAACUUCCAAACUGUCGGUCGCGAUGUUACAUUUUUCUUGGGCGCCAAGAUCAAUAAUACUGUUGUUCAUGUACGCCUUUCGACUGUCAAGCUGCCAUCGCGCAUGACUGAACUGGAUCUGGAUCUGGAUCUGGAUUUUUUUCGAACCUUUUCCAAGUCUAAACUCUGA